CGCAACGCCAACACAAGUGGUCGCGUACCUUCAGUCAUCACAGUACACCGGCGGCUGGCCAACGGCAACGACCUAAAGACGUCUUCCAAAAACCUUUCGAUAAUAUCACACGAGAACGCAUCGUACAUUUGAUCGAAAAUAUCACAAUUCUCAACACACACGCGUCUCUUCACAUAUUGCACUAAAUCGUAUUGAAAAAGCGUCAAAAUGCCGACGGUGCAAAUCACCAAGCCUAAGGUGGAAAAGCGCAAACAGAUCAGUGUCAAGUCCAUUGCAGAUGUUGAGGAUGUGGUGGCCAUGAAGAAAACGUUCAACCGACACCUGCACUUCACGCUAGUCAAGGAUAGGAACGUAGCCACUAUCAGGGAUUACUAUUAUGCGCUGGCGCACUCAGUCCGGGAUAGCCUGGUAUCCCGAUGGAUCAGGACGCAACAGCACCAAUACGCGGUCAACCCGAAGCGUGUUUAUUAUUUGUCUUUGGAGUUCUUGGUUGGUCGUUCCCUUCAGAACACUAUGAUCAACCUUGGCAUUCAAAGUAGUGUUGACGAAGCAUUGUAUCAAAUGGGAUUAGAUAUUGAAGAACUGGAAGAUCUCGAGGAGGACGCCGGUCUGGGAAACGGUGGCUUAGGUCGUUUGGCCGCAUGUUUCCUAGACUCCAUGGCCACUCUAGGUCUGGCAGCUUAUGGUUACGGUUUAAGAUACGAAUAUGGUAUAUUUGCUCAGAAGAUAGUCAACGGUGAACAGAUUGAAGAACCAGACGAUUGGCUCAGAUUUGGAAACCCGUGGGAAAAAGCUAGACCCGAGUAUAUGUUACCAAUUCAUUUCUUCGGCAAGGUAGUAGACACACCGACUGGCAAAAAGUGGAUCGACACUCAAGUUGUGUUCGCGAUGCCGUACGAUAGUCCAGUUCCCGGUUAUCAGAACAACAUCGUUAACACCAUGCGAUUGUGGUCCGCCAAAUCUCCAGUUGAAUUCAACUUAAAGUUUUUCAACGACGGUGAUUACAUUCAAGCUGUUCUCGAUAGGAACUUGGCUGAAAACAUCACCCGUGUUCUGUACCCCAACGACAAUUUAUUCGAAGGCAAAGAGCUGCGUUUGAAACAAGAAUAUUUCAUGUGUUCCGCCACGCUCCAAGAUAUCGUCCGAAGAUUCAAAGCGACGAAAAAAGGUGAACCGAAGACCGACUUCAACAAUUUCCCAAACAAAGUGGCACUACAGUUGAACGAUACCCACCCGGCACUUGCUAUCCCAGAACUGAUGAGGAUCCUCAUGGACAUCGAAGGUCUGUCGUGGGAAGCCGCUUGGGACAUCACCGUCAAAACCUGCGCUUACACCAACCACACCGUAUUACCUGAAGCACUGGAACGGUGGUCGGUGUCAUUGAUGAGCAGUAUAUUGCCGAGACAUAUGCAAAUCAUUUACGAAAUCAAUUUCCUGCAUUUGCAAGAAGUACAAAAACGUUGGCCAAACGACAAUGCGCGUUUGAAGAGAAUGUCGCUGAUCGAAGAAGACGGUGACAAGAGGGUGAACAUGGCUCAUUUGUCCAUCGUCGGAUCUCAUGCCGUCAAUGGCGUAGCUCGUAUUCAUUCAGACAUCAUCAAGAAUGACUUGUUCAGAGACUUUUACGAAUUGUCACCAGAAAAGUUCCAAAACAAAACAAAUGGUAUUACACCACGUAGAUGGUUACUUCUGUGUAACCCCAAUUUAUCAGAUAUCAUUGGAGAGAGAAUCGGUGAUAACUGGAUCACGCAUUUGGACGAGCUGACAAAUUUAAACCAACUCGUAAAUGAUCAAAGUUUUAUUCUGGAUGUGCAAAAAGUCAAGCAAGAAAACAAAAUGAAACUAGCUCAUUGGUUGGAAUCCGAAUACAACGUCAAAAUCAAUGUCAAUUCGAUGUUUGACAUCCAGGUGAAGCGAAUCCACGAAUAUAAGAGACAACUUUUGAAUUGCCUGCACAUUAUCACCCAAUACAACAGAAUCAAGAAAAACCCAGACGGCGAGUUCGUACCGAGAACAGUUAUGAUCGGUGGAAAGGCCGCUCCAGGAUACUACAUGGCCAAAAAAAUUAUCAAACUCAUCAAUUAUGUGGCCAAUGUAGUCAAUAACGACCCGGUGAUCGGAGACCGUCUGAAGGUGUUGUAUUUGGAAAACUAUAGAGUGACUUUUGCUGAGAAAAUCAUACCAGCCGCGGACCUUAGCCAGCAGAUAUCUACUGCGGGAACUGAAGCUUCUGGAACUGGCAACAUGAAAUUCAUGUUAAACGGUGCACUUACCAUCGGCACGUUAGACGGUGCAAAUGUGGAAAUGGCCGAAGAAAUGGGAUCCGAAAACAUAUUUAUUUUCGGAAUGAACGUCGAUGAAGUAGAAUUGUUGAAGAGAAAAGGCUACAAUGCUCAUACUUACUACGAAUCCAUACCGGAACUCAAACAGUGCGUAGACCAAAUCCAAAAUGGAUUUUUCAGUCCCAACAACCACGAUGAGUUUAAGGACAUCGUCGACGUCCUCCUCAAAUGGGACAGAUUUUUCCUGUUGGCCGACUACCAAGAUUACAUUAAAGCUCAAGAUAAAGUCAACGAGACUUAUAUGGAUCAGACCAAAUGGACACGCAUGUGCAUCCGUAACAUCGCGUCCUCUGGAAAAUUCUCGUCCGACCGCACGAUCUCGGAGUACGCCAAAGAGAUUUGGGAUGUCGAGCCGUCAUGGGAGAAAUUGCCGGCCCCACAUGAACGUAUCGCAGAUCUUCCGAAGCAGUCGUAAUAACUCUAUGAUGGCGAUGAUGAUAUAAUACACUUACAACAACACAAUAUUUAAUAUUUUAAUAUAAUAUAUUUAUAAUAGGUACGCGUAUUUAAUGUUGGGAAUUUUUCUUUUUUUAACGAUUAAGCAAAAAAUAAUAAUAAUAAUACCUAAUAUUAUAUUUAUAUAUAUAUGUGUGUAUUUUUGAAGAUUGUGUUCCUCACCUUAUAAUAUUUCACGAUAAUUUAAUUAUUUGAAUAUUUUAUUAGGUACCUAUUUUAACACGUAAAGAUUAUUGAAUUAUAUACAUGGUUGGCCGCCCAAAUAAUAUUAUGUUUACAUAUUAUUAUCUAAUUAUAUAUUUGCUUAUUGUAUAAACGUACCUAUGUGAAUUUUUUUAAUUUUAAUAAAUUAUAUUUAUCGAUUACUUUUUAUGCUAUAGAUUCUUGAAUAUUAAAUACUU